ACUGUGGGAAGGGGGAGAAGGAACUACUGUAAGAGUAAGAAAGUCCUGCCCAGCUGUUGGCGAAGUUUAAGAUUUCCUGUUUCCCCUGCAGCGCCGAAGUGAAGUUUCAGUGAGUCACCCGCAGCCCCGAGCCGCGGAGCCGCGCAGCCCGCUCCCAGCCCCGCCAGCCCCGCCGCCGCGGCCUCGGCCUCCCCGCCGCCCCCGCGCCCCGCCCGCGCCCCGCCGGCCGUGCCCACCCGGCCCCGCGAUGAGCCCCCGGCUGCCGAGGAGCCUGCGGCGGCUGCUGCUGCGCGUCUCCCUCUGGGUCCUCAUGGGCAGCUCGGUCCCCGCUCUGCUUCGGGCUGAAAUUAUGUCACCUGUAGACAGAAAUAAGGAAAGUGGAUUGCAAAUGCCAAACUUAUGCAAAUUCUGUGAUGUUAAAGUAACAACCUGCUCAAACCAACAUCAGUGCAAGAGCAACUGCAACAUCACUGCUAUCUGUGAGAAGAAUAGUGAAGUCUGUGUUGCUAUAUGGAGACAGAAUGAUGAAAACGUGACAUUAGAAACAAUAUGCCAUGAUCCCCAGAAAACACUGUAUGAUCAUGUAUUGGAUGACUCUAGCUCAGAGCAGUGUUUGAUGAGGGAAAAGAAGGAAGAUGGUGGAUUGAUGUUCAUGUGUUCCUGUACAGGUGAAGAAUGCAAUGAUAUGCUCAUUUUUCCAUCAGAUGACCCUCAUAAGCCAGAGGAGAAAGAUGAAAUUUCCAAAGUCACAAUCAUAAGUCUUGUCCCAUUACUGGUGAUUUCUGUUGCUGUGAUUGUUAUCUUUUAUGCCUACCGCACUCAUAAGAAGAGGAAGCUCAACAAGGCAUGGGAGAAGAAUGUUAAGCCCAGGAAACAUAAGGACUGCAGUGAUGUUUGUGCUAUUAUGUUAGAUGAUGACCGCUCAGACAUCAGCUCUACCUGUGCCAACAACAUCAACCACAACACAGAAUUGCUGCCCAUUGAGUUGGACGUUGUCGUUGGCAAAGGAAGGUUUGCUGAAGUGUAUAAAGCCAAACUGAAGCAAAACACAUCAGAGCAGUAUGAAACUGUGGCAGUCAAGAUUUUCCCCUAUGAAGAAUAUGCCUCCUGGAAAACUGAGAAAGACAUUUUUUCAGAUGUAAACCUCAAGCAUGAGAACAUCCUCCAAUUCUUGACAGCAGAGGAGCGUAAGACAGAUCUUGGUAAACAGUACUGGUUGAUCACUGCCUUCCAUGCUAGAGGAAAUUUGCAGGAAUACCUCACUCGGCACAUUAUCAGCUGGGAAGAUCUCUGGAAACUGGGUGGGUCUUUGGCCCGAGGGAUUGCCCAUCUGCAUAGUGAUCACACACCCUGUGGUCGCCCCAAAACACCUAUCGUGCACAGAGACCUGAAGAGUUCCAACAUCCUGGUGAAAAAUGAUUUAACUUGCUGUCUCUGUGACUUUGGGUUAUCCCUGAGGCUGGACCCUUCUCUGUCUGUGGAUGACUUGGCUAACAGCGGGCAGGUUGGCACAGCAAGGUACAUGGCUCCUGAGGUUCUGGAGUCCAGGAUGAACCUGGAGAACGUGGAGUCCUUCAAGCAAACAGAUGUGUACUCCAUGGCUUUAGUCCUCUGGGAAAUGACAUCUCGCUGUAAUGGCGUUGGAGAAGUGAAAGAGUACGAGCCCCCGUUUGGCUCCAAAGUGCGAGAACACCCCUGUGUGGAAAGCAUGAAGGACAAUGUCCUAAGAGACAGAGGGCGACCGGAGAUCCCCAGCUCCUGGCUUAACCAUCAGGGCAUCCAGAUGGUGUGUGAAACUCUCAUUGAGUGCUGGGACCACGACCCCGAGGCGCGGCUCACAGCACAGUGCGUUGCGGAGCGCUUCAGCGAGCUCAAGCACCAUGACAAGCUCUCGGGAAGAAGCUGUUCAGAGGAGAAGAUCCCUGAAGAUGGCUCCGUGACCACUGCCAAGUAGCAUGUGCCCAAGAGCUCCAGAACAGAGGGAAGUCGCUCCUAGACGCGUUCACCUUGCAAAGGAAGGAGUCUCGAUCGGUGCCUUGACUUGCUUCCUGGAGGACUGAGGCUGUCACUACUCCCUUUAGGCUCCAGCUCUGAACGGGGAGAUGUAUUCGUGGGAAUUAAAAGCUGGGGAGUAAGUGUCAUACCCUAGCAUUGGCUGCUGGCAUCAUGUCACAGGAGGAGCUAUGUAUGUUAGCACUUCCUCAGGAAAUGAGAUUUGAAAAUAGCCAAUAACAUUAUGCACUUUAUUAAUGCCUGUAUAUAACUAUGAAAUUGCUAUUAUAAAUAUAUAUAUACAUAUAUAUAUAUUAAAAAAAAAUGUGUGUGUAUGUAUAUAUAUAUCUCUAUAUAUCUAUACACAGCCAUGCUCGGAAAAAAAAAAAAAAAAAAGAAAAAGAGUUAAAAUUUUUUCAAAAGUGCUUCCAGGAGAUCACUCGCCCUUAGGGAAGGAGCCUGGGGAUACUGGCAUAGCAGGACACCAGCAACUGUGCCCUAAGCGAUCUGCCAAAGCUGGGAGUAUGAGGUGGUAAGAAGACGGCUUUCAAAGCAUGUGCUGUAAGCACCUGGCUGUGGCCCUGCGGUUCACGGCUGCAGGAGCAGUCUCACAGCAGACAGGCCAAUUUGGCUUUGCAGUUGUACCUAUAUGGUCCUGUCCGCAGCACAUUUUGGAAGGUUCAGGGAUGCCUUUGCCCUCUCACCUUCACCCCUGUGUCCUUACAAUGUCCCAGAACAGCAGCGCAAAGAACUUUGGUCCCUCCACAUGUGUGCUUUGAUACAGAGGUUAUUAAUGUUAUAUGUUUAUUGCUUUGAAUUCAUGCUGCUUGCAAGCAGGUUGCAAAAUAGCAGCAGGAUGAGUUUCUCCUCCUCCCACCCCCAAACCAUACAAAACAGGGCCAGCAAUAAUCCAAGCAGAUGUUUUAUAUUUGCUGUGCAUUCUCAGUGCAGGCAGUACUAUUUUUUUCCCUUCCUUUUACCUUGAUUGUGUUGCUAUAAGAACAAACUCUUUCUUUUUUUUUUUUUUCCCCCCGUACAGCAUGUCAAAUUGCUUGACAGACCACAGUCUGACUCUGUUCCAUGCUUUCUAGAGAAAAGUUCCUUGCAAACGGACCUCGGAGGUGAGGGAAAACACUGUAGCAUUAGGUUAAUGGUAUAUUCUGCCCUCAGCAAGUCACCAAUUAACAGAAAAUAAGCCCAAACCCCAAGAAAGGAGAUUUAUUCCAAAAGGAGCCCUCAGACAUUGCUUACAUUCUUUCAGAAGUUCUCCAAAUGUUUAAUAAGAUAGUUCACAUCACAUUGGGUCUAUAUAAAUGGCAGCGAUGUGUUCAGUAAGUGCUAACAAUUUUGUCUUCAGGAGUUUUGAGGCAAUUUUUCCACUUUUUUCUUCCCCACGGCAUGGAAGCAGGCCUUGGAAAUUAGAAAUUCAGCCGGCACAAGCCAGCCCUGUACGGAUGUAUCUGGUGCAAUUUAUUAAACACCUUUGACAGAUGAACAUCGCUAUUUCUCCAGAAGAUGUUGCCAUGUAAGUCAAUAGGAAUCACGCUUCCUCAAAUAGGACUUAAGAUUUAAGAUGACAAAUAUUUUAUUUGAAAUGGGUUUGUAUCUGCCUUUUUUUUCUUUCAUUUUAACCAAACUACUCAGAAAUAUUUAAACAACGCGGGGCGAAAACCUCGGCGACUACCGCGGCACUCGGCGAAUGCGGUGUGCGGGGGGCGCUGGGCCUGGCGGCGGGGCCUGCUGCCCUCUAGCGGCGCUGCUGCCCUCCAGCGGUGCUGCUGCCACCUCGGCAGCCCGCGGCGGGGGGCAGGGACCGCCCGCCCCUUCCUCCUCUUCCAUCCACGCUGAACGGCAAGGAAUGGCGUCCGGUAGUUCCUGACAAUACUGACACUUUUACGUUUGGGGUUUUUUUACUACUACAUGUAAAGGAAUGUUCUUAUUCUUUUAAGGAAUAUUUCACCUGUACAUCAUGUAUGAAAUAGGAAUGUGAACAAUAUAUACUCUUGUAUAUCAAGUUUGAAGCACUUAACUUGCUUUGUAACUGUUUUGGGGGUUUUUUUCGUCUGUUUUGUUUUGUAUAAAGCAAAUGUUUAUUGGAGCAAAUAAAAUAACACCAACUUGCA